AUGGCCAAGUUCGAAGCGGCGUUGAAGAAAAUUGACGACAUCCACUCGGAAGACCCAAAGCUGGCCAGAGUCAAGACUGACGCCGGAGAAGACGAGGAGAUACCAGAUGAGCUUCACUAUGCCAACAGAAUGACGGAGUAUCUUCUCCAGCAUGACCCCAACCCCUCCGAGCUGCUCCGCCUGGCCGUACGAGCCCAACAUUUGCAGCGCUGGGAGAUUCCUCGCGCCGACUACCCUAUGAACCGUAUGGGCUAUCUCUUCUGGAGAACGGCGCAGAAGAAGCGCCAGGCAACUCAUGCUGAAGAGAUAUGCCUGAGCUGUGGGUAUUCCACAGAAGACGCCGCGAGAGUGGCUGCACUUGUGAGAAAGGAGGACAUGAAGCGGGAUGCCGAGUGCCAGGUAUUGGAAGACGUUGCAUGUCUUGUGUUUCUGGCAGAUCAAUUCGAGAAGUUUGAGCAAGAACAUGGCGAGGAUCGGGAGAAGAUUGUGAACAUCCUGAGGAAGACAUGGGCGAAGAUGUCGGAACGGGGUCAUGAGCUAGCCCUGCAGAUUAAGAUGUCUAACCAGGCAAAGGGGCUAGUUGCUGAGGCACUUGAAGCCUGA